CCAUGUUCUCAUGUUCCUGUGUGAUCACCGGAGUUUCUACCUGACGGCCUUGACAAAUCCACCGCGUCCGCGCUGUAAGCGGUGCGUCUGCUUGGGCGGGAACGACAUCUGCGCGUCAAUGGAUCGCCAUUAUGUGAUAUGUCACUUUGUGCUAGGCGAGCAGCGUAAACAGUGUGGCAUCUACCUGCGCUCGCGGUGUAGAUAAAUAUGACGCACCGUCAGGUCUCAUUGACUCGGUGUCUCCGUUCUCCCCUCUUCCACUUCGCUAGUUUAUACGAUGCCCAACCGUCAGCCUCCGCCCGACCCCAGGCGGGACGAGCAGCGGCCUACUCUUCCUCCUAUCCGCCAGUUGUUUGGUUCGGAGCUUUCGCAAGCGGUUCCGCCCCAGCAAUCGCGACAACAUUCUACUUCACCCCAGAUCCCGUUUCAUCGUCUCGCAAUUGCAGACGAGGACCGGCGGAGCCGACCGCAAUCUCCCGCAGCUGGUCUUAGGGGAAAUGCUUCGUCCUCGCAGACCUAUCCGUCGUACCAAGGUGGUCCGAGACCAUCCACUCCAGGCCAUUUGAGAAAUGCUUCCGAUCCUGCGCAGCGCGCCAUCUACGGUGCACACCCGCACCCGUCUCAGUAUGCCAAUGCCGGUCAUCCCGGGUUCCAGCCUCGCGUACCACAGGGUACCGAUCGGAUCAUUCCCGCGAGCGGGACAUAUCCCUACGCUGCGUCUCAGCAGGCCUACCCAUCCAUGCCUAUAGCGAGCACAAGCUCAGCGGGUGACGCCGCCGCCGGGCGGUCGUCUUCCUCCAGAUAUGAAUGCAACUACUGCGGAAAGGGGUUCACCCGACCCAGCAGCCUCAAGAUACACACUAACACACACACCGGAGAGAAACCCUUCACAUGCCCCUACGAAGGUUGUGGCCGAAGUUUCAGCGUCCAGAGCAAUAUGCGUCGGCACGCACGGGUACACGAACGAAGCAGUGGCUCUCAGCCCGAGGCAGAUGACGACAGCCCCGAGGAGGGCGACGAACAGCCCACCUCCAACACCGACAAAGCCGCGGGCAAUGCCAAUCAACCUCGAUAAAUCCAUUGUGAUCUUUCACGGACCCGAACGCAACAUGACGACAAACAUCAAGUGUACACUCGCAUCCCCACUGGUCCACUACUAUAUCACUAUAUAUGUAUCUAGUCUGCAACACUACACCGCAUCGCCCUAUUUAUUGCACGGA